AUGAAUCUCACCCACAUGGGAGAUGAAGAAGAGGCGACCACUGCAUCUGCUUCCAAAGAUGAAACCCAUAAACUUGCAGAGCCUAAACCAACAUCGUCUUCUCAUUACAACGAGUCAGAGCUUCACUCUAAUAACCCAUUCAAGUCGGACACGGAAACCCACGGAACUGACAAGUUUAACGAAUCGUCUACUCAAGCUAAUUUAAGCGGUCAACAGGGAGAUUACAUCUUUGAUGCUUCACAGGGUCGCAAAAACCCAAUCGAGGAUGUUGAAAAACUCGAAUCUUCUGGCCUUGGCGGUAGAGGAAAUGAAAACGUCAAACAAUCCCAGGACCCAGCAUUUCAUCAACAUGGCGAGUACGAUCAGCACCACCAUCAAGGUGAAGACAUGGAAACUCCGCCAGGUAAAGGCUUUGAGGCGCGCAAUGCGCACACUUUCAGUACCACGCUACCAGUGGGCGCACAGUUACCUUCUCAAGGAGAGAGCUUACCUGCUACGUCUGCUCCAGAGAUCGAGCAGCACAAGAGGGGUAUUUUUGGAAGGAGAAAUUCCAAGAGUGCAGCUACGGAAUCAGCCGGCCACGUAUCAAAAGAAAAGGCGGACACGAAUUCUAGUUCUUCUGUCCUAGACCCUCUUGGAUUGAGAAAUAAAUUCAGUGAGCAGAAAAAGCAUUUUGGCAGGAAGAAUUCUGCUGACCAUGAUGCAGCUGCUGUUGGUGAAAGCACCAACGAACACAAGAAGCAUUUUGGCAGGAAGAAUUCUGCAGGUCAUGAUACUCCUGUUUUGGGUGAAACCAUCAAGACAUCACCCAAAGAUUCUCACCAAUCUUUUUACCAAGGGAAGGGAAGCAACUUGCAGUCUCGUAGUAUCAACUCUGAUGAGGGAAAACGUUCUGAGAAUUUGACAGGUAGUAUUGGUGAGGUUUAUCAAGGCCCAGGGGUAAAGAAUAAGUACGAAAAUGUCAAGAGUCCCACUGAAACCAUGGCCAACAGGCCGCUAGUUCCUGGGGUUGAGUCUAAAUCCAGGCACGAUCAGAAGCCAAAGGAUGAUCGCAUUCAUGUCCCCGGUGAAUUCAUUGACAGCGCAUACACCACUGGCCAAAGUGACAAGGCGGUUCCGGCUUUUGAAUCGGAAACCAAAGCCGGUGAAACCCCAAAAAAUGCAAACGUUCAUGUUUCCAAAGACAUUACUGCUGCCCCUCCAUCAGGUGCUUAUGGAUACUAUGGUGAAGGGCGUGAUUUUGCGAAGGAGAGAGGUUUGUCUGAAGAUCUCGGCCACGAAAAUCGUGAAGAUUUGAGAUCAACUGAGCGCCAUGGCACAGCUCAAGGUACGUUGGAUCCUAAAAAAAGUGACACUGAGCUUGCUGGGAAGAUUGCGCCGUUAUUCGAUGCUUUAGCAUCAGGAGGCCGCGGUCCCUCAGAGGAAAGCUACGCAGGUGCAGAACGCGAUACCAAUCGCGAAGAGCUCAAAUUAGGCCACGAACAUCACGAAAAGGCUCCAGACGACACUUUGAAUCCCAAAGCACAAGGCAAGCAUCAUCAUGCUGCUCAUGGAGGAAAUAGCUCACAUCAUACUGGAGACAUUGAGGCGGCUACUGCUGCAGCUACCGCUGCAUACGGAGCUCAGAGUGCACAAGAUUCCAGAAAUGUCGAACCAUCCUCCAGGACCUAUGGCGGCAACAUUGAGACAUCGCCCGCUAUCCAUGGUGAUAAGCACACGCAGCAUACCGGCAACAUUGGGCCGGCUGCCGCCACUAAGGACGAAAGUAAUUUGAGAGACCAUGGGAACGUGAGAGAAUUUACUUCUACUCGUGGUGGUCACUCACCGGAACAUGCAGAAACCGUCGAACCUGACACUACUUCUCAGGGUGGAAAGGGCAUUUGGGUUGCUGGUCACAAGUUCCCACUUGGUGGUGAUGGUGGCAACAGACAACAAUUUCCCAUUGAGAAAGACAGCAGAUCAACUGGUCAGGGCCUAGAAUCUCAUACCGACAAAGAUAGCAAAGGGCAAAGUCGUCAUCAGGACAAAGAUUUUGGAGCAGUCGGCCAACAUGCUAAUGUGGCAGCAGACAUUCCCCAACAACAAAUGGUGUUAUCACAAGACGAAGAAGAAGGAUUCGAAGCGUAUCACCCAUCAGGUUUGGGUUCAGACCAGCGAGACCCGACAUCCACUGACAAUGAAAGACGGAGAUCUUCACUUGCUGAAAGUACAGAUUCUAGUGGAAACCGCACAAGAGCCAAGAGCAGAAGUAUGAGCCUAGGCAAUGCUCCGUUUGCUGCCUUAGGCAGGACUGUUUCUGGAAAAUCGCACGGCCAUGGGCAGGAGCAUCAUGAUCAGGGCGAAGCGCUUCGUGAGGAGGAUAGUUCGAAGGAUACUAGCGAGUUUUCGAAACUUUCCACUACAUUCAAAGAUGCUUGGGGUGCUAUGACCGGUAGACGCAGGAGUAGCCACGCUGAUGCUGGAAGGCCCACCGACCCACACGAGACAGAAAGUCGUGACACCAUGAGUCGCGGUGAGAAAAAUGCACCAUCGGAGGCAAAGGGCAAGCAUCACGUUGGGAUUACAAGUGCUGAAGAGUACAAGAUCAAGCACUACAAUGAACUGCAGAAACCCAACGUCGAUCCAGAAUGGGCCCAGAACGAAGAUGCUUAUGCGCGUCAGAUUGGUAACAAACCCAGCCUUGUUGAUCCAUCAGAAUUGACCUAUGGAGCCGUGGGAAGAAGAAAGUCAUCCGUCACUGAUAAUAAUCCGUCCUACACGUCUCAAGGUCCUCAAAGUAGACGUAAUGUAUCUGUGGGAUCUGAAGCAGGCGGAGAUCAAAUGACGGACCCUUCGCAAAUUCCAAUCGAGGAAGAGGCAACGUCGGCCCACGAUCGUACGCCUCGUAAUGCCAACUUUGUUGAGGCGAAAGCAGAACAAAUUGACGAUCGUAUCAAGAACCAAACUCAUGAUCGACCAUCAAAUGCGGCUGCAGCUUAUUCUAAAUAA